AUCAACUGCAUUUUUUCAGUGUACAUAAAGCAAGUGAGAAGUGCAAUUUAAAGAGAACUGUCAAUUAGGCUUAUUUUUCUCAGUUGAUUAUCUUACUCUUAAGAGUUCUACUUUUCCCUCAGUCCAUACUAUAUUGAAGAACAAGUGUCCUAUGUCUUCAAGUUGUGAUUUCCAGGUUUUAAAAGGAAAUAUAUUUAUUCAUUCUUUUUUGGGAUGUUUGAGUUUUGAAAAGAUGGGUGAGAAAAUUUAUGGCCUCAAAGGGAAGUAUAUCAUAUUUGGAACCACCUUUCUCCAGAACAUGGGAGCACUUAGGGAUCCUUGGAUAUACCAGUGGACUUUCUUUAACUUGCAUGCUUUUCUUUCUCAUAGUGAUUAUCUACGAGAAAUUUCAUUUAAGUUGCCCCAUGUCAGAAAUAAAUAAAUCAACACUUUCUAAUGCAACAGUUAAGGAUAUGUGUACACCAAGAUACAUUGUGUUCAACUUUAAGAGUGUUUAUGCUUUACCCACUAUUGCCUUUGCAUACGUGUGCCAUCAAGCAGUCCUGCCAGUUUACAAAGAUCUUAAAGAACGUUCAUUGAAAAAUAUGAAGAUUGUUACCAAUGUUUCCAUUUUGUCCAUGUGUUUUCUGUAUCUCAUGACUGCAUUUUUUGGCUACCUGACAUUCUAUGGUAAGGUACAUUCAAGUCUACUUCAUAAAUACCCAGAUGACGAUCUUCUCAUCCUAAUAGUACGACUGUCAGUAAUGAUGGCAGUCAUCCUCACAAUUCCAGUAUUAUUUCUCACAUCUCGUGAAUCUCUGGCUGAACUACUUAAGAAAGCAUAUUUCAAUUUAAGCGAACGUAUUGUGAUUGCUGUGAUAAUCUUAGGUUGUAUCAACCUUUUGGUAAUCUGUGUACCUACUAUGAAAGACAUUUUUGGAGUCCUGGGGACAACAACUGCCAAUAUGUUGAUCUUCAUUAUUCCUACAAUUCUGUUUUUAAAAAUCACAAGCCAGGAUAGUGCCAAAAAAAAAGAAAGAAUUGGGGCUAUUUCUCUCUUAGUAUUAGGAGUCAUAUUCUCCACCGUCAGCAUUCCUUUGGUCAUCUAUAAUCGGGCAAAUUCUGAAGAUAAACCUGAAACAUAAUGAGAGCACUCUACAUUUGGAAAAAUAGUAUAUUUUUGUUUGCUGCUUAUCCAACUUGCCUUCAAUCAAAUCAUCUUCUCCAUUGCUUUG